AUUUUAACAUGAUUUCAGGAAGAACACUGAUAUGUGUCCUUUUUUUUUUAUGUAUUAAGCAGUACCAGGACAAAGAUUAUUGUUUUCUGUGUUUCUUAGUAUGAACUCUUUUUUGUCAAUCACAUAUUUGGGGUCAACUAACUUGGUAGAAACACUAUUGUUUUGUAUCAAAUGCAUUUGUUUCUUGAAGUAUUGUAUAGGCUGUUACUUGUUGAAAUUCUAUUUUCCUAUGUUGUUAUUGAGUGACAACAUGAUUAGCUCUUAAAGGCUUAGACUUUUCGUCUUCUCGUUCUUUUAAACUUGAUCUUAGUUGAGUAUUACUUCACUUUCAUAUUUAUAUAGUAGCCUUUAAUCUAUCAAAGGAAAGAUGUUCAUGCGUUUUCUGAUAAGGAAUUAUAUAUAGUAAGAUUGAGUACUGAAACUCCCUUCACGGGUUCACGAAGAUCUCUACCAUUUGUUUAGGACUCUGCUGUUUUUAUAUAGGACUCGGACUCACCGCAGUUUGUUACAACUUGUUUCAACAGGAUAUCAUGAGUGGAAAUGCAAUGAGCAGUUAUCAGGAAAUUACCGAAGAUGGUGGUACACGGACACUGCUUCUGGUUGGACGUGUAGGUGAUGGGAAGAGUGCGACUGGCAAUAGUAUUCUUGGAACAAAGGCUUUCAAGUCUAUGCAUUGCUCAUCUGGUGUUACAACUGCUUGCGAGCUUCACAGUACUCAAUUAGAUGGAAAGAUACUUAACGUGAUUGAUACCCCUGGAUUGUUUGAUAUCUCCCGUGACCCUGGUUUUGUCAUAAAAGAACUUGUUAGGUGCUUCGAUCUGGCUAAGGACGGUAUUCAUGCUGUGCUUUUGGUUCUGUCUGUACGAACUCGAUUUUCAAGAGAGGAACAAGCUUCUGUGCAAUGCUUUCUGGAUCUCUUUGAGAGCAACCUUAGCGAUUACAUGAUUGUGGUCUUCACUGGAGGAGAUGAGCUUGAAGAAAAUGAUGAGAUUUUGUUCCAAUACUUAGAUUGUUGUCCUGAGCCUUUAAAGGAUGUUCUCAAACAGUGUGGUAACAGACAAGUACUUUUCGACGAUAAGACUCUUGAUCCGUCGAAGAAAGCUGAACAAUUGAGAAAUCUUCUUAUACAAGUGAACUUGGUUAUGGACUUGAAUGGUGGAAAGUCAUAUACAGCAUACCUGUUCAAGGAACUAAAGCUUGAAUAGAAGCUGAGAGAGAUGAAGCAUCUUGAAGCAGAAAUGGCAAAGGAGUGUGCUGCUCGGUUGGAAGCUGAACAAAAUGCAGAAGCUGCUCUAAUGAACUGGGAAAAUAUAAAGCGUCUGAUGGUGAGAGAGGGCUUAGACAGACAGCGUCCAAGGUUGGCUGAGGAACACCAAGCAAGAAAAUUGAGAUUUCAAGCUGGCCUGUGUCGUAUUUUAUGAAGUACUUACUAGUUCUUGAUGCGUAUGUUUUUGUAAAAUUGAUGAUACUCAUACAUGGAUUCUAUUUUGCACUCAACUCUUUUCUGCCAUCUUCCCUAAUGUGGUAGAAAACUUUUUAUGAUUAGCAGAAUAUAUAUAUAUUGUUUAUUUGAGUU